GACCCUAAAGGGGAAUCCGUCCCUAAAUCCGACCCAAAAUUAGGGUCUGUUUUCGAUAUAAGUCAUGCACGAUUGAGGAACGCUCCUGCUGGCUUCUGUAGAUACAUGUAACUACCCCAUUCUUGACCCACCCAUGUCCAUGUGAACAUAAAUGAUGUUUCGAGCAGCGUCCUCAAAGAAGCAGAGAAUCAGAAUCCACGCUCCACGUUCACAACCGUGGGACGUUUGAAUGACGGACGACGGCGGCACGCCAGCCUCUGCUGACCCGGCCGUUCGCUCUGUCUUUGCUCUCGCGAUCUUUCGUGCAUGCCAAUGGCGGCUUCCACCGCGAUCUCAUUUUAACCUCAACUGCUUUUGUCGUGAGAGCUGUUGUUGCGCCUUCUUCUCGUCUUUGAGACCCUUCCUUUUGAUUUUCUAGUCUUUCAACCAUGCGUGAGUGUCUUUCGAUCCAUCUCGGACAGGCCGGUAUCCAGACCGGUAACAGCUGUUGGGAGUUGUACUGCUUGGAGCAUGGCAUUAGCCCCGAUGGAACCAUGGAAGGGGCUGCCAAGGCCUCUGGCGGCAUUGAUGAUUCCUUCUCGACUUUCUUCAGCGAGACAAGCUCGGGAAAGCACGUCCCUCGUGCCGUCUACGUCGAUUUGGAACCCACCGUUUGCGACGAAGUCCGCAGUGGAGCCUACCGCAAGCUGUACCAUCCUGAGCAGAUUAUUUCUGGAAAGGAGGAUGCUGCCAACAAUUAUGCCCGUGGACACUACACCAUUGGAAAGGAGAUUGUUGACCAAGUCUUGGACCGCAUCCGCAAGUUGGCGGACGCAUGUACUGGUCUCCAAGGUUUCUUGGUCUUCCACGCCACUGGAGGUGGUACCGGAUCGGGACUUGGAUCCCUCUUGCUCGAACGCUUGAGUGUUGACUAUGGACGCAAGUCCAAGCUCAGCUUUGCCAUUUCUCCCUCCCCUCAGGUUUCCACUGCCGUCGUGGAGCCCUACAACAGUGUCUUGUCUACCCACGCUCUGUUGGAGCACACGGAUUGCACCUUUUGUUUGGACAACGAGGCUCUCUACGAUGUUUGCCGUGGAAACCUUGGAGUGGAACGUCCCACUUACACCAACUUGAAUCGGCUCAUUGCCCAGGUCAUUUCUUCGUUGACUGCCAGUCUCCGUUUCGAUGGUACACUCAACGUGGAUGUCAACGAGUUCCAGACCAACUUGGUGCCCUACCCUCGUAUUCACUUUAUGUUGACAUCCUACGCACCAUUGAUCAGCGCGGAGAAAGCUCUCCACGAGACACUCUCAGUUGCCGAGAUUACCUCAUCUGUCUUUGAACCUCAGAACAUGAUGACCAAGUGCGAUCCCCGUCACGGCAAGUACAUGGCCUGUCUGUUGAUGUACCGUGGAGAUGUCGUCCCCAAGGAUGUCAAUGCCGCUGUGGCUGCCAUCAAGACCAAGCGCACCAUUCAGUUUGUCGACUGGUGUCCUACCGGUUUCAAGUGUGGUAUCAACUACCAGAAACCCUUGCAGGUUCCCGAAGGUGAUUUGGCUGGCGUCUCUCGUGCCGUUUGUAUGAUUGCCAACACCACGGCCAUUGCCGAAGCUUUGUCCCGUAUCGACCACAAGUUCGAUCUCAUGUACGCCAAGCGUGCCUUUGUCCACUGGUACGUCGGUGAAGGUAUGGAGGAAGGAGAGUUCUCGGAAGCUCGUGAGGAUCUUGCCGCUUUGGAGAAGGAUUACGAGGAGGUCGCUGCGGAUGCUGGUGGCGAGGAAGCUGCCGAGGAGGAAUAUUAAAUGAGCCAUGAGCUGUUGGAAGUAUAGAAUUUGACGAACGAAAGUAACAAUUAUUAGUGAUCAACGUUGCAAACAUCAUUGUGUACCCAAAGC